CCCGAGCAGUGAUACAUGUAGAAAUAGUCUUCUUCCAACGAUUAUCAUAUAAAACAAUGACACAUAGUUUUCAUUCGUCGGCUUGUUCUCCGUGGCGGCAUUAGCAUGAAAUCAAGCGUCGCUCCGCUGUAAACAUUCUCGAUGCCAACAAACAUUGAACAAGAACAACUUGAUAAGGCGAUCCCGUGCGACCCUGCAAUCCUUCAGAUUUGUAUCCCUCUCCUCGGCUCCUGUAAAGUUGCUCUUGCAUCCGUAAAAGCGACAAAAUCUGACAGCGAGUCCCGCGUCUGCAUGCGAGACGACCAUGCUCUUCCACUCGGAAUUUGAGCAGAUUUGUGCCAAUUGGAUAGCGCCGCGCACUUGCUUAAACAGCUCAACAGUCGAUCGCUAAUUGUAGUAAGGAGGGUGGACGUCAAUGUAAAAAGGGUAUAUGUCAAUCCUGCAAUGGGCAAUGAAAUGAUGUGUUGAGGAGGUUGCGAGCUGAAUUCUUAACUUCGCUGCAUUCUCAACAAGGUAAUGCAAAAACUCGGCAUGCAUUCCUGUUUUGCUGGCACUGAGAUUAGGAGUGUGUGACUAGGUUAUAACAAUGGCCACGUUGGUGGUGAUUCGAUAUCGCCAAGCUGUUGUUUCCCUUCAUUCACAUUCGUGACUUGCGUAUUCGCUCUCGAGCCGAUGCACUGUGUAAGUGCUCGAAAGUUCGAUCCUCCCACCCUGUUUGCUCAACCGUCCUCCGC